AAUUUAUUUAAUUUUUUUUUUUUUUUUAAAUAGCCAUGAAUGAAAUGGUUAUUGAAGUGAAUGGGCUCCCGGACAACUACCCUGAAAAUAUGAUGAUUGAUAAAUUAACCAUGCACUUUCUGAGGCGCAGUAACAAAGGAGGAGAUGUUUUAACAGUGGUUUAUCCCACCUCCAACAAAGGCCAGGCUUAUGUAGUCUUUGAAUCAGCUGAAGUACCAGGAGUCUUGCAACACACUCAUGUUUUGAUUGUGGGGAGUCAGUUUUAUCCACUGGACAUUAAAAAGGUGCAUCGUCCUCAGCUGGAUAUGCCAGCCGAAGCAUUCCUCGAUAUGAACAUGUUCUCCAGUCACAGCAAAAUCCAAGAACUUCUUCAUAGCCAUGGCUUUCAGAUGUCAAGGACCAGUCCAGGACAGCUGCAUUUGCAGGGUUCCUUUCUCCAGCUAAAACUUAUUUAUCCCAAACUCGUGCAGUUUCUGGCUCUAGAAACCCUCCCUCAAAGAGGAACACCUUCACAUUACACUAAUGGCUCCUCCUCUGACUCUGUUUCCAGAGCUGAAAAAAGUGACUCCAGUGACUCCAGGCGCAGUCACAAUUAUGGCAACUCAGUGCAUUCUGAGGGCAGAAGCACAUCUUCAGGAAUAACCUCAAGAUCCCCAGAGUACCAAUACAGGCAGAAUGCCUCUCUAAUGGAUAGAAGCUCCAGCACAGAAAGUCCCUUUAGCAGUCCCUCCAGGAUCUAUGAGGAUUCCCGCACAAGCGUUCAGCAGCGGAAUCCUUCGUCUCCCAGGCAGACUGAGAUUUCCAUCCAUGUGGAACUAGAUGUGUUGAAAUACACAAUGCUCUUUAAGGAAGAUUUGAUAAGUAAAAUUAAAUCAGAUCACCACACUCAUAUUAAUCAUAAAGAAGAAUCAGGGGUUGGUAUGGUUAAACUCUCGGGAGGAAACUUUAGGGAAGCAGCUAAAGAAUUGUCUGCAUUGAUGGAGGAAAUCACUAAAUCUCUACGCACACAAGAAAUAGACCUGAAUGUAUGUGACGAAAGUCAGAAGAGAGACAUUAUUCAGAAUGCUUACACAUUCCAAAAGAUUUAUGACGUUUUAAUUAGACAGGAAGAUAACGUUAUAAAAGUAGUGGGAUCAUCAAAAGACAGUUAUGACGCAAAGCAAAAGCUUCUUGGACUGGAUGUUGACAUUGCACCGCCUAAAGGCAUGGAGAGGAACAAAUUGCGACGCAGCAGCUCUUUGCCAAGACAAAAAACGAAGGCCAGAAUGGAGAACCUAGACGUAGGUCAGAUUGCUGCUGUGUGCUCUACUGCUGUCAGUAGCUCAUCUGCCUCACAUUCCCAAAAGGACUUUCAAUUGCAGCGAGAAGUUCAACAGGAAAGAGGUCGCCAGCCCUCUAAAUCCACUGCACAACGCAGGUCACAAAGCAGCUCUCGAUUACAACACAAAAAUCAAAACCAAGAACCUUCAACUUAUGUUCAGCAGGAUUUGACACCCUCUAGUGGAGCUCAGACAUCUAAACAAGGGCCAACUCCUACAUUUAAAGCUCCUCUAAUGCCUGAUAAAAGAAAAAACUUUUUCAAAAUCAAAAGAAAAUAA